AUGCAAAACCAAAGCUCUGUAACUGAGUUCAUCCUUCUGGGGCUUUCACAGAAUCCCAACGUUCAGAAAAUAGUGUUCGUCGUAGUUUUGUUUGUUUAUACCUUUGGGGGCAACACACUAAUUGUAGUAACCAUUCUCAGCAACCCUGCACUACUGGGAUUCCCCAUGUACUUCUUGGCUUUCCUAUCCCUCCUAGAUGAAUGCUUCUCCCCUGUCAUGACCCCAAAGAUGACUGUGGACUUCCUCUAUGAGAGGAAAGUCAUAUCCUUUGAAGGCUGCAUGUUGCAGUUUUUUGCUGAACACUUCUUCGCUGGGGCAGAGGCGAUAGUCCUCACAGCCAUGGCCUAUGAUCAGUGUGUGGCCAUUUGCAAGCCUUUGCAUUACUCUUCCAUCAUGAAUGGGAAGCUCUGUGGCAUUCUGAUGGGAGUAGCGUGGACAGGGGGCUUCUCGCAUUCCAUGAUACAAAUUUUCUUUACUUUCCAGUUGCCCUUUUGUGGUCUCAAUGUCAUUGAUCACUUCAUGUGUGACUUGUGUCCAUUACUAGCACUUGCCUGCACUGACACUCACGCCUUUGGCCUCUUGGUGGUUGUCAACAGUGGGUUCUUCUGCAUCAUAAUCUUCUCCUUGUUGCUUGUCUCCUAUGCUGUCAUCUUGUUCUCUCUGAGAACUCAUAAUUCUGAAGGGCGGAGAAAAGCUCUGUCUACCUGUGGAUCUCACAUCGCUGUUGUGGUUUUGUUCUUUGUCCCGUGCAUAUAUGUAUACACACGACCUCCAUCUGCUUUAUUCUCUGACAAAAUGGUGGCAAUAAUUUACACCAUCCUGACUCCCUUGAUCAAUUUUCUGAUUUAUACUUUCAGGAAUAAGGAAGUGAAAAAUGCCACGAGGAAAGUAUGGAACAGAUUGGUGGUGGUUUCUGAUGGAAAACAAAGUAUUAAACUUCUUUUUUAA